AUCGACCAAUCGGCGAGUCCUGUCUGCAGCCACACAUCGACGUUCCCAGGAAGAGUCGCAUGAAUGUAGGUUACGAAAAGCUUCCUUUGCAAUUUAAACGGCAGAAAUGGCAGAUUCAACGAGUUCGCCCGAAGAAGAGACAGAGUUUAGGGAGAUGAUAGCUCGGAUCGGUGGUGAAGAGAGAAUUUAUCUGGUCGGUGAAGCGCGCCAAGGCGAAGCGACGGACGGAGAUGACACCGGACUGGUCUUUCAGGAGUUCAUCCGUGACAUGUUUAACAAAAACGUCCCGGUGCUUAGCAAGAAACAGCCGCCGCGCCCCCAUCACGCACAUGAGAAGGACUGCAAAGUGGAGACCGGUAAAAGUAGUGGAGUGAAGUCCAAGGAUGAAGGGUCAAAAGCGCACGAGGAGGAGCGGCCAACGAGCAAGUCAGCGAGCAGGGCGAACAUUUACAGCAAAAAGCGGGCGAUAGACUCCCGCAUCAUCGUGUUUAUCUUCACGCAGACUUUUAUCAGCCACGGCCCGAAUGAAGGCUGUUUGAUAGAGAUCCUAAAGGACGUAAAGGCGCGCACAAAAGGCGCGUCAAUCCCCCGGCCCGCUCUGAUUGGAUUAGUCCACACCACGCAGGAGAGCGCAGAGACGCACAGGUGCGCGCAGGUCCUGGAGAGUCUCCUGGGCGCAGUUUUCCACAAACAUCCUUCUGAGGCGGUGUGGGUCGGCUGCUUCCUCCCGAAGACCGAAGCCAAAAUUGUCAGCAUCAAGAAAAAUGCCUGCAAAGUUGUUUGCGCAUCUCAGUCAGCAGAUAAUACCACAGAUAAAAGAGACCAGCCUCUGUGUCCGUGCUGGUUCAGGAGAAGGGAAUCCAGCAGAAAGAAUAAUAAUAAAUCUUCAACCUGUGAGCAGAAAGGUGAAACUGAAAACUCGGAAGAAGGAAUCCCACUGAAAACCCAUGUCAUUUCUGCUGAAACUGAUGUGAAUUGAUAGUCAGCUGAUACGGAUCCUGGGAAACGUGACUGGCUGCAGACCAUCACUGUGGACAAUCGUGUUUUCACUGUGAAAACUAAAAACCUUUUUAAGCUAACGUAGCCUUUAAUUAGAUUCUAAAAAGUUGGGUGGUGAACAGAAAACUUCCAAGCCUACUGCCUAGGGAUUCCUGAUGUUUACUUUUGAUUACACAAAAGCACAAUAUCAGCUGAUAUUUUCUGACCUUAAAAUUAUCUGAAUUUAGUCAGUUUAAACAGAUAAAGUUUGGUUUCAGUACUGACUUAAUAAUAUUGAAGGUAAGUGCUAGAAGCAUCAGCUUCCUGAAGUUUGCCAAACUGCUGUAUUUCAAGCUAACUGUGAGCAAAAGGAGCCUAACCUGCUGAACAGGAAUAUAAAGUAAAUAAAUCUAUUAAGGUUUUUUAUUUUUAUUUUAGUUUGUUUGUUUUUUACACAUUUUAGUGCAUUUGAUAAGUAUUGCAAUGUAAUGUUGAGAUUACUAAUAUUUGUAAUAAACAUGUAAUACAA